GUUUCUCCAGCAGACAGAAUAGAAGAAGACGGGCAGAAGAAUGGAUCUGGUGUAUUCCCCCUCUGUGUGGCUACUGCUGGCUGCAGUUGUAUUUAUUAUUCUUUAUACUCUGAAAGUCUGGACACAAAGUUCUGCUAGGAAUUUCCCUUCGGGACCGUCCCUACCAGUGAUUGGACAUUUGCACUUGAUUAAUCUGAGCCGGCCCAGUAAGGCGCUAAUUAAGAUUUCAAAAAGACAUGGCAAUAUAUUCCGGAUCCAGUUGGGAAGCGUGGAAAUGGUGGUGUUGACAGGAUAUGAAACUGUGAAGGAAGCCCUUGUUGACAACGCAGACGCAUUUGCUGAAAGACCUUUUGUCCCCAUUUUCAACGACAUAUUCCACGGAUACGGUAUUCCAUUUUCUAAUGGUGAAAACUGGAGAGAGAUGAGAAGGUUUACUAUUUCCACAUUACGUGACUUUGGCAUGGGCAAAAGAACAAUAGAGGAUAAAACCACUGAGGAAUCUGGUUUUCUGAUUAAAGAGUUAGAAUUAUUAAAAGAUGAGCCUGUUGAUCUGAGCCCAUACAUAAGUGUUGCUGUUGGCAAUAUCCUCUCAUCUAUUGUGCUUGGGCGCCGCUUUGAUGAUUACCAGAACCCAACAUUAUUAAGGGUUUUACAACUUACAUAUGAAAACUUAAGAUAUGUCGGGAGUCCUUCAGUUUUAUUAUACAACGUAUUUCCAAUUCUGCGUUUUUUCUCGGGUGACCGCAACAGACUUAUGAAAAAUGUGGACGAGUUGCAUAGCUUUCUGCGGGAAACAUUUUUGAAGCACCUUAGAGUCCUCGAACAAGAUGAUCAAAGAGGUUUUAUUGAUGCAUAUCUUGUCAAGCAAAUAGAGGAAAAAGAGAAUCCUAAGUCUUAUUUUCACGAAAAGAACCUUCUGAGUGUCCUGGUAACUUUAUUUUCUGCUGGAACAGACACAACAAUCGCCUCUCUCCGUUGGGCACUAUCAUUUAUGGUGAAAAAUCCUCAUAUCCAAAAACGUGUUCAUGAAGAAAUCGAUCGAGUGAUUGGAUCAUCUCAGCCACAAUUUCACCAUCGCAAAAGCAUGCCCUAUACCAACGCUGUCAUUCAUGAAACACACAGGGUUGCCAAUGUGGUGCCAAUGAAUUUACCACAUGCAACCGGCAGGGAUAUUAACUUCAAGGGUUAUCAUUUGCCAAAGGGUACCUAUGUUGUCCCUCUACUUGAGUCUGUCCUCUUUGACAAAACACAGUUUGAAAGAGCAGAAGAAUUUUAUCCAGAGCAUUUCUUGGAUUCAGAAGGGAAAUUUGUCAUGCAACCAGCCUUUUUGCCCUUCUCAGCAGGUAAACGGGUCUGUAUUGGAGAAACACUUGCCAAAAUGGAAGUGUUCAUAUUCUUUACAAGCCUCAUGCAGAAGUUCUCUUUUCACGCACCUCCUGGAAACCUAAACUUUGAAGUCAAGCCCGCUGUUGGUUUAACAAGCCCUCCACUUCCACAAAAGCUCUGCAUUGUGCGGCGCUCAUAACUAAAUUGCAAAAUUCCAUUAACAUAGAUCAAGUCUAUUUGAAUUUUGCUUUUUUGUUAUUUUGUUCCCCUAUUAUGAACAGUGAGACCUGCAAAUGAAGCAGGCUUACUUGAGGUACCUGGCAAAUGCAACCCCACCAUUUUCCUAAUUAAAUUAACAGAGCUUGUGUUGGAUACAUCAAUAAAGCCAGAACUUGAUACUAUAGUAUGUGAUCAAAUCAGAAAUAAAAGGUUAGAUACUU